AUGUCAGUAACGAGCGUAAGUGAUCAAUAUUUGGUUACUUUAUCUAAUUAUCUAAGACAAACGCUCGAUCCAAAUACAAGGAAACAAGCCGAAACUGAACUUUUUGCUGCGGAGGAUAAACAGCAAGAGUUUCCGAUUGCACUUUUACAAUUGCUCACUAAAAAUGACGUAGAUCCAAGUGUGCGAUUUGCUGCGUCGUUAGUUUUCAAAAACUAUGUAAAAAGGAAUUGGGGGAAGGAAGAAGAAGAACAAAGAAUUACACCCGAAAUUCGUCAAACUAUUAAAGAUAGUAUUAUUGAUAUUUUGGUGGUGGUUCCUUCCAACAUACAACUUCAACUCAGUGAAGCAGUCACAACGAUCGCUAAUAAUGAUUUUCCAAAAAAAUGGGAAAAUUUAAUACAAAGUGAAGAUGAAGCGGGAAUAGUGGAGAAAAUCAAAUCAACAAUUUGUGAAAUUUUAACACUAUACACAACAAAAUACGAUGAAUUAUUCGUAAUGUUACCUCAAUUUGUUUCGACAAUAUGGACUUUACUUACGACUACUGGUUUAGAAUCAAAAUAUGAUCUCGUGAUAGUGAAAUUGGAAAGAUAUCAUUCUCUUUUCAAUAAUGAGACAACACUCACUCAACUCUGUGAAAAUAUUGUACUUCCAAAUAUGUAUUUAAGACACGAAGAAUUAUUUGAAUGUGAUCCAAUUGAAUACAUUAGAAGAGAUUUGGAAGGAUCCGAUAGUGACACCCGAAGAAGAGCUGCAUCUGAUUUUGUGCGCAGCAUGAUGACUCAUUUCAUGGCAGACAUAACCAGUAUUAUUGGGGCAUACAUUACACAAUAUCUUGCGCGUUAUAAUGAAAAUCCAAAUAAUUGGAAAGAUAAAGAUGCUGCAAUAUAUCUUUUGACUUCAAUUGCAACUCCAGGAACUGCAACAAAGCACGGUCUUACAACAGUAAAUGACUUGGUAAACGUCAUCGAAUGGUUUUCCGAGAAUAUUUUGCCCGACUUGCAAACACCUUUUGAUAGUGGUCAACCAGUAUUAAAAGUUGAUGCAAUUAAAUAUUUGUAUACUUUUCUAUUUCCAUUACUAGUUAAACAUCUUAAUUCUAGUAAUUAUGUUGUUCAUACAUACGCCUCAAUUGCUAUUGAACGCAUUCUAUUUAUGCGAAAAGAUAACAAUAUGCCAUUUACUCAAGAAUUAUUAGUUAGCUUAUUUAGAUUGAUUGAAGCUGGUUCAACUCCAGAGACAUUAGCUGAAAAUGACUACUUAAUGAAAGAGGAUACAGGUUCAUAUGUUGCAGAAAUUAUGGGUCACCUAAAUAAGAUAUUGAGUAUAAUUAGUAAAAACCCAAGUAAUCCUCGUUUUAAUCAUUAUGUUUUCGAAUCAAUUGGUGCUUUGGUGAGGUUUAAUUGUUCCAACAAUCCAGUUGGCUUACAGAAUUUUGAAAAUAUGUUACUUGAACCAUUCCAAUCCAUCUUACAACAGGAUGUAGUUGAAUUUAUUCCGUAUGUGUUUCAAAUAUUCUCACAGCUUCUUGAAUUGCAUCAAGAACCUCAAUUACCUGAGAUAUAUAAAAGUCUGCUUCCUCCCAUAUUAUUGCCUAAUUUUUGGGAGUCUUCUGCAAAUAUUCCCGCCUUGGUUAGAUUACUUCAUUCAUAUAUUUAUCGUGAUGCUGCUGGUAUAGUUGUCAGUAAACAAAUAGAACCGAUUCUAGGAAUUUUCCAAAAAUUAAUUGCAUCAAAAACCAAUAACAAAUAUGGACUCGAUUUAUUAUGUUCUAUUGUUCAAUAUAUACCAACAAGAUUACAAAAUGACAGAACGGAAAGAUUCACUUUGGGAUUUGUGAAUUUUGUUUGUUUCUUCAUUGCGAUAAAUCAACAUGGUGGUCCUGAUUAUGUUAUACAAGCUUUUGAUUCCAUUCAAGAAAAAUUAUUUUUGGAAGUUUUAAAUGCUUUUAUCAUCCCAGAAUUACAAAAAAUUCGGGGAUACGUGGAUCGUAAGAUCUGCUCAGUAGCUCUGAUACGAUUAUUGACUCAGACACCUACCGAAAUUGAUAAAUAUAAUGAAGAAGAAGAAUUUUAUAAUUUUGAUCUAGAGGAAGAAAGGCAAUUUCAAACAUCUUUUGCUAAAUUAACCACUACAUCUAAACCUAUGAAUGACCCUACUGCAUCUAUCUCGGAACCUAAAGUUUAUUUGGCUCAAGAACUUCAAAGAUUAAGUCAAGCUCAUCCCGAUGGAAAGAUGAUUACUGAAAUGAUACAAACACUUCCCGCAGAAUGUACACACCAUUUAUUCCAAUAUAUGGCAUUAGCAAAUCCAAAUAUAUAUAAACCUACUUUAUAA